GAGAAAUAUGCAGCAAGGAUAGACUACGGAAAGACAUAAGAUAUGCUAAUAAAUAUACGGAUUACAGGUGAUCCCAAUGGCGCAACAAUUGAAUUUGAAACAUCCGGUGUAUACUGUUACUCAGCAUGCCAUACAUCUGCAGGAUUAUUGCGAUCAGCGAUUUAAGAAGUAGGAACGGCUAUGAUGAUCACCAGCCUCCAUCGAAGAAGAUAUAUAAAAGAAGCUACUCGGGUAAAGGGCAAGAGCAACCACGAUAUCUAGAGUAACAGUAAG